UCCCUGUUUUUCUUCUACAUCUGAUCAUGUUCUUUCUCGUCGCAAGGCUCAGCCAUGCCGUUCUCGGGCCCAUCGGACUCCCGCAGCCUCUCUGCCACGCCAUAGCCGGCAUCCUCCUCGGCCCCUCCGGCCUCUCCCGCAACCGCUGGUUCCAACAAACCAUCUUCCCCAAAGAAAGCUGGGUUCAUCUCGACCACAUCUCCCUCCUCGCCUUCAUCCUCUUCAUCUUCGUCAUCGCCGUCAAAAUCGAUCUCAGCCAAGUCCGCAAAUCCGGCCGCAAGGCCGCCGCAAUAGCCCAAAUCGGCACCGCCCUCCCCUUCAUCUCCAUAUUCAUCUCCGUGCUUCUCCACCCCGAGCUACAAGCCAACCAAAUCGUCCGCAACUACAUCAUCCACUUCGCCGGCCGCUGGGCUCUCACCUCCAACAUCGUCAUUACCUCUGUUCUGACAGAGUUUAAGCUCCUCACCACAAAACUCGGCCGCCUCGCCAUCACUUCUUCUCUCAUCGCCGAUUUCUACUGCGUCAUCAUAAGCGCGGCUUUUUUGUUUGUGGCGACGCUCGUUUAUCAGUCUGUGGUUUUGGGGCUUACCUUCCUCUGCUCUUGCUGCGGAUUCAUUGCGGCAAUAUGGCUGUUUGCGAGGCCGGUGGCGAUUUGGAUUAUACGGCGAACGCCGGAGGGUUCGCCGAUGGACGAGGGGCUGUUUCUGGUUAUUUUGCUCAUGGCCAUUGGUUCCAGCAUCGCAGGGGAGCUUAUAGGACAGAGUGUGACGUUCGGUCCACUUCUGCUCGGCAUCAUCAUUCCCGGUGGCGCGGCCGGCAGGGGAACACCCAUCCCCGGGGCCCCGCCGUUAGGAACGGCGGUGGUGGACAGGCUUGAACGUCUGGUCUCAACCCUAUUCCUGCCUGUAUUCUUGAUCAUAGCCGGUUUGAGAUGCAACUUGUACGAUGUACUCGGUGACAUGCUAUGGCUUCCAAUGACUUGCCUCAUCUUUGUCAGCGUGGCGGCUAAGUUUUUUGGGGUUAUCGUCUCCUGCCUGUACUGUAAAAUGAACCUUCGCGACGCUUGCGUGCUGGCCCUCAUGCUGAAUUGCAGAGGAAUCAUCGAGAUCAAUACGUUCAAUAAUCUCGAAGACUUCAACCAACUGUCCGGUGAACUAUACGCCGUCAAUAUUAUCGGAAUCAUCCUCGUGGGAGGAAUCUCCGCCAUGCUCCUCAAAGCCCUCUACCACCCUUCAAACCGUCUAGCCGCACACCGCCGAAGAACCGUCCAAGACUGCGGCGGCGCUGUCGAGCUCCGUGCACUCACCUGCGUUCAUUGCGAAGAUCACGUCCCUCCCCUCCUCACCCUCGCUCUUUCGCCCACCUCUUCCUCCCCUCUCUGCAUCUAUCUCCUCCACCUCAGCCCUCUCGUCGGCCGCAACAACACCAUUCUCGCCCCUUAUAAGAAAAAGCAGCGUGACAGAGGGUCAUUCCGUACACAUUUCGGCGUGUCGUCUUCGUUAGCCACCGUUGCGUCCGCCUCGGCGGCGAAAGCCGCCACUGAAGCUGACCGCAUUGUCAAUUCCUUCGUCUCGCUCGAGCAACAGUAUCCGACAGGUCUUUUUACGAUUCAACCUUUCAUCGGAGUCUCGCCGUACGCCACCAUGCACGACGACAUCUGCUCACUCGCUGCUGAUAAGAUGUGCAAUCUGAUCCUCCUCCCCUUCCACCGCCGCAUCGACGCCGACGUACCCUUAGAAUCCGUCAACCCCGCCCUCCGCUCCGUCAACACCAACGUCCUCCUCUACGCCCCCUGCUCCGUCGCCAUUCUCGUCAGCUGCAACCUCUCCACCCCACCAAUUUCCUCCCUCUCCUCCCCCCACUCCCACCGGAUUGCAGUCUUCUUCCUCGGCGGCCCCGACGACCGCGAAGCCCUCGCCAUCGCCGCCCGCAUGACCGAGAACCCCUGCAUCCACCUACACGUCUUAAGGCUCAUGCUUCCGCUCGAGAACAGGGGAAACGAAGAAGAGAUGGACAAGGACGAGGACGAUGAGGCAGUCGAAGAGUUCAGGUUAAGAACGGAGGGGGUGGAGACAGUGGAGUAUAGGGAGGAGGAGGUGAAGGAAGGAGCGGAGACGGUGAAUUUGAUGAGGGAGAUGAGCGAGAAGUGCGGGUUGUUGGUGGUGGGGAGAGAGGAAGGGAGAGUGUCGCCGUUUACUGCGGGAUUGGAGAUGUGGAGCGAGUAUCCGGAGCUGGGGGUGAUUGGGGAUAUAUUGGCGUCGAAGGAUUUUGGGGGGAAGGGGUCGGUAAUGGUGGUUCAGCAGAGGUCGAAGAUGGAGGGAUCGGGUGCUCGGGUGCUGAGGAGAUUGGGGAGCAGGCAGAGCUCCAAAACAGAGAGUGUGGAAAUUGGAAGGUAG